GCUCCUCGCAUCAGGAAACCGGAAAUCAACCCUCUAACAUGAUGAAGCGCAUGCGCAUGGUUCUCGUGUCUUCGACCUCUACUACAAACCGGUGAGUGCUAACCUCCCCUGUCACGACCUGUAUACUGAAUCAACGCCAGCUAGCUCCUUUGGUUGACCUGACCACUUCGUCCCAUCGUGAUGUACGCCUGUGCUAAGUUCGUCUCCACGCCCUCUUUGGUCCGUGCUGGAUCUCGGGCACUGUACAGACCACUCUCAGCAGCAGUAGUCUCAGAUGCUAGGAAAGCAGAGACUGCUUCACUCCUGGCACCUCAAAGCAUUGUAGCCUCCCAGCAGCAGGUGGCUCUGCGGGGGUUCCAGACUAGUGCUGUGAGCCGGGACAUCGACACUGCUGCAAAGUUCAUUGGAGCAGGAGCUGCCACUGUGGGAGUGGCUGGAUCUGGAGCUGGAAUUGGAACAGUGUUCGGUAGUCUUAUUAUCGGAUAUGCCAGGAACCCCUCUCUGAAGCAGCAGCUGUUCUCUUAUGCCAUCUUGGGCUUCGCUCUGUCUGAAGCUAUGGGUCUUUUCUGUCUGAUGGUUGCAUUCCUCAUUCUGUUUGCCAUGUAACUCCAUUAGGCAUUUGCGGUGGGAUACAGCAAUGGGAUACAUCACAAUUAUGAUGAGAAUUAGCUGUUUGAGAUGCCCUUGAAUGCGAUGUCAGCUUUAUUGUGUUGCCCAUUCCUGUUCAUUGGUGUUUAAGAUUGUGAACCCACUAAUGUAAGAAACUCUGGCAAACCCAAUUCAUUUUAAAUGAUGGUUUUGCCAUUAUAUUGUAUAUUUAAUCAAAUGUUUUUGUUAAAAAUACAACCAACAGAAGUAAAAUGUUUAAUUCAU